CCAAAAUUUUUAAAAGUUCCUUUAAGCCAGAUAAUACCUACAUCUCAAACUGUGCGUUUUGAUUGCGAAGUAGAAGGCAUUCCAGAAUCUUCUAUACAUUGGAUGAAAGAUGGUGAACAACUGUAUAUCAAUGGUAGAAUAAAGCUCAAACCUGGUAACACUUUAGUAGUUUCACAGACUGUUACAACAGAUUCAGGAAUCUAUCAGUGUGUAGCUUCCAAUGCAGCUGGAGUCAAUACAUCUGCUGCUAGACUUCUGGUAAAUGCAUCUAGUGAUCAGCCUCAGCCACCAUCUGGCCUGAAAGCCUUUAGUAAGUCAAGCAGUGCCAUUCUUUUAUCAUGGGAACCUGUUGCCUCUCCAGCUACAUCUCCAAUUCAAGCAUACACUGUCCAUUAUGUUCCCACUCGAGGGGGCUUAGAACAAGAUGCUGUGGCUGUAAAUACAAGUCUUGUUAUUGAACGACUGAAGCCAUAUACCAAUUAUACAUUUUAUGUUAGAGCCUACAACAACAAAAGUGCAAGUGAACCAUCACAACCUAUAGUACAAAUGACUGGAGAAGAUGUUCCUACUGUUGCUCCCAAAAUAACACUAUCCAGCAUCAGUCCAACAACACUUCAUGUCCAGUGGAGUGAAUUACCAAUGGAAAAGACACGGGGUGUAAUAACAGGUCAUCGAAUAUAUUAUCGCAAACACAAACAAGCUUCUUAUACUGUGCUUACUACAAAUAGUGAAACAGAAUACACCAUAACAGGUCUGCAGCCAAAACAGAAGUAUGAUGUUAGAGUUAUUAGUGGCACAAAAGUGGGUUUUCCUGUACUUUCUGAUGAACAGUGGCCAUGGGUAGUAUAUGAAAUGCCAGAUGUUGCAACUUCAAAAGUCCCUUACCCACCAACAUUGCAUCUGACUGUUUUAAACACCACAGCUCUUGAAAUUGAAUGGAAUAUGCCACCUGAUAAUCCAUAUCCUGUAAAUGGGUUUUAUCUCUCAUACAGGCAACAGAAUCGCCCUUUAAAGGAUCGUAUUACUUUACCUGCCAACACAACCAAGUUCCUGCUGUAUGAUCUUGCUCCCAAAUCAUGGUAUGAAGUGCACCUUUUUGCAUAUAAUGCAGAUGGUGAGAGUAAAGAGUCUGUGCGUAAUAUCAUCACAUUUUCUGGUGACAACUCAGAUACUGAGACUGUAGAAGUUGUUGAGCCACCACAUCAGUUGGAAGCUGAACCCACAAGCUCAUCAAGUAUUCAUCUCAUUUGGAAACCACCUGUAACUAGUAGAAAUAUUAGUUAUUAUACUGUUCGUUAUCAUCCAGUCUUUGCAAAUGGACUAGUCAAUGAAUCACAUAUUUAUUAUAUACGAAGUACAAAUAAUGAAGUUACAAUAACAGAUUUGCAACCAUUUACUCUUUAUGAAUUUUCUGUCCGUUCGCAUGAUGUACGAAAACGACAAGGCCCUUUCAGUCAGAUGGUGGAAUGUCGAACAAAUGAAGCCUUGCCAUCUGCUCCUGAAGAUGUCACGUGGGCACCAAUUGAUGCAAACUCUAUUCGAUUAAAUUGGCAGCCUCCAAAAUUUCCGAAUGGUGUAAUUAUUGCCUACCACAUUUUGUACAAUUCUCGAAUUGAUGAUGACAAUAUUGACUCUUGGAAUUCGAAAGAAGAGCGAGGUCCUGAACUAACAUCAUUGCUGAGCGGCCUGUCUAGCAAUACACUUUACUACUUAUGCAUGAAAGCUGAGAAUGGAGCUGGCAUUGGUCCUCCUUCACAAAAGAUAACCAUAAACAUCCCUGUGAGGCACAACAAUUCCAAGCUGCCUAGUCAAGAAAUGUUUGAUGCAGAACCUCCAGAUCCAUUUCUUGGCAUUGUUCUUGGGAUAUCAAUUGGCGUGGCUUGUAUCAUCAUAUGUGCUAUUAUCAUAAUAUGUCGGAAUAGAUGUUGCCCUCCAGCUGCUGAUCCUGGUUCUGAUGGCAGAUAUUCUGUUUGUUGUGGCAAUGGUUAUAUUUCCCAGGUCAAUGGCCAUAUAUUGGGAAGUUUACCAGCUACAGAGAAAAGAGCAUCCAAUGUCGAGUGCCAAGAAAUGGAAUGCUUUACACCAAUGCUGAACACUUUUCCCAAUGGCUCAAAUGACCGGCAUUUGGAUACAAAGGGAGGUUAUCCUGCUGGAUUAUGCAAUGGAAGACCAAAUGGCAUUCCACAUCAAAUGCUUGGAAAUAGUCGUUCGUCCUUAAGCAGUCAGCAGGAUUCAGCUGCAAACAUCCUGGCAUCAGAUCAAGAUAACCUUCCAGUGACAAAACAUCGUAUGCGUUACACUGCUAAUGAUCAAAAAGUAUCAGAAAAUAGUUGGCAAGAUGAUGCUGGGGACAUCACUUCAUCAACUAUCUUGCUGGAGGGUGAGGAUAGUAAAUUACAUUCAGAUACUACAGCUCUUGAUGAAAGUUGCCAUCUACCUGUGGAGGCAAAUUCUUCCCAUGGUACUCCAGAUGAAGAAGAUGAAAGUUCCUGCAAUACUGAAUCAAAGGAUUCAUUUGUAACAUCUACUCCAGAAACUUUUACAACUUGCACAGUGCCACUCAUUUCACCAUCAUCGCUUUAUCAUCAUUCUUCGUCAAACUCUCUCUCAGUGGCAGAGAAUGACCAAAACUGUGUGCCAUCCAAAAUCUCUUCUCAUUGUCAAAAUGAAAUUUCAUGUGUAAAGGAAGAUACUCUCGCAAGAAGUAGUGUGAGCGAUAAUGAGCAGUCAUCGCUCCCAUUUUCAGUUAAUGCAUUUCUUUCACCCCUUGCUGGUCCCCGAUUCUCUCAGUCAUCCAAUGCAGACUCAUCCUUAGAACCAACUUAAGUGAUUUGACUUAAAAGUCAUCACUGUGGAUUUACUAAAGUGCAAAAUAAACUUAUUUCACAAGGGGCAGGUGUCUCCUUUCAGAUAUUUAAUAGUUUGUCAGAAGCGGGUAUUUUUUAUGGACUGUUUUAUAUUUAUGUUUAAAAUGUUUAUGCAACUCAAAAGCAUUCACCAAUAUUUUUCACUUGUACCAUAGAUACGUAUUUGAACUUUAUCAUUUUUGAAACCAUUUCGCAAAAUCCAUGUACAUUUAUUUGUUUAUUAACAAUAGAUUUCUUUUUUUUUCCCCUUUUUUUUUAAAGAAAAAGAAAAAAAAAAAAAAAAAGUGAAAAUGGCAUGUGUGUGACUGGAGGUAAACUGGAGUGCACUGUUCUGAAGUGGUGUAAAAUAUCUUUCAGCUGUAAAUAAACUGUUAAUGUAAGCGGGUAAGGGGAAAAACAAGAAAACAGCUAAAAUUAAUUGGCAGAUUGGAUAUGGAAUUUAUAGCACCAACAUUAAGGGGAAAAGAUUAGGUAUUUGUUGGUGAAUUUCUAUUAACUGCUUUUGCAGUAUAUGCAAAUAUAAGCAUUCUUUCUAUUAAAAUGCUUUAAAAAAAACCAGUGCUGGAUGAACUUGAUUUAAAAAUAUGUACAAUUAAAAUUUAAUUCAGUUGUAUCACAAUUUUUAUUAAAUUGGUUUGUAUCGUAGUAACAUACAUAUUGAAACAUACCUAACGUUUAUUUAAUGCUGUUUGUCCAUUUAACCUUGUACAAAACUUGCAAAUCAACUUUCCUUUUGAAAUGUGGUGCAAUAAAAUACAAGAUGUUUGUUUUACAUUGUGUGCAGUUACCUUUUGUGCUUUAUUUUUUUUAACAUGUUCAUGUGAAAGUGAAAUAUUUUUCAUUUGUUUCAGUUAUUAUAAUACAGUGAAUAAUUUCAUGUUUAAUAAAACUUGAAAACUUGCUCUUGUUUUAUAAAAAAAGCAUGUGAUUAUUGAAAUUGGACUUUAUUGUAUAAAUUUAAUAUUAGUAUGUUACAGAUGGCUGUUGCAUAUGCAGCAAACUGUACUUGCAUAAGCAAAACUCCUUUCUCAUCUGUUAAAAAUUUAAGUUUUUAAACAGUUCUUACACAUUUUAGAGGUAAAAUAAAAUGUGGCACUGGUUUAAUCAAAGUAGCCAAAAUUAGACCUCGCUCUUGCAAGUAUACCCUUAAAGCACGAUUCUUAUAUGUUUUUAUUUUUGUUAAGAUACUUUUUAACCUGUUUUAUCUUAUUAUGUUGAUUAAAUCAUUGACAACUAUGUAUGUAUUUACUAUGUGUUUUAUGUGUUUGUAUAGAUGGCAAUAAUAGAUAUUUUAACAUAUCUUUAUAACAGUAAGCAAUUAUAUGAGAAAUGAAUGUAAUUUCAUGAUAAUUAUGGGUGUUUUAAUAGUUAUGCAAAUAAAUCUUAUUGCUCUGUGUAUGCAUUAACAAGAAGGAAAAAUCAUUUAAAAUUUCAAAAUCAUUUAUCAAAAGCAAAUCUAUCUGUAAUGUGGUGAGAAUUUUUUUGGCAGUUCUAAUAUAUUGAUAUUUUUUAGUUCCAGAUGACACUUAAAAAUAAUAAAAAUCUAAUAUUCUUUUAGUAAUGUAUAGAGUAUUAUUGUUGCACAAAAGAAGUUAAAAAUUUAUUAGCAUUAAUUAUUUUAUUUUCUGUCCCUUCUGUAUUUUGUACAUGCAAAAUAAUUAUUGCUAAUAUCAAUCAUGAUUUUUUUGUGUAGCUAAUAAUGAAUGGAGUAAAAUAUACUCAUUAUUUAAAAUUAAGUGUAGAAUUUUUAGUUUAUAUUUACUUUUUGGUAUUAAGAAAGUUAAAUGUAGCCUAGCUCAGAAUACAUUAAGUUUUUAAAUGUAUAAAAAUGUAUCUGUGCAUGUUGUAAUUCUCUUCCUCAUUCAGAAAGAUAUUUUUAUUUAACACAUUUUAGUUUCUUUGAAACAGAGCACUAGACAGUAUUUGACAUUUUAACUGAACCAUGAACAUUUGAGCAAUCUUAAAAUAAAACCUUCAGAAGCAUUGCCUAAUGAUUUUGUGCAGAUAUUUAAAUUGGAAGAGAAAAGUACAAUAAGAAUCCAAACUACCAGUGUUUUAAUCUUGUAUUUCAUUAAAUUAUUGAAUUCUGAACAAUUUUUUGAAAUAAUAUAUAAAGUUAUUUUAAAUCUCAAAAAGAAGAAAUAUAGUAUUCUUAAAUUUCUGUUUUACCACUAGAAGGAUAACUAUUCAAUCUUUUAAUUUUUCUUGUUUUAAAAUUUUAUCUUAGUUUAUUUUUAACUAUCUUUUUAUUAUUGUUGUUAAGUAAAAAUUAAUUCAUGUCAUGUAAAGAAAUUGAAGUUUUUUAUCAGAAAAUAGUUAUGAAAUCGGGUAAGAAACCAAUAAACUUAAUGUAUUGUUUAUCAGGUAUUUAGUAUUUUUUUCCCCUAAUUUUAAUUUUAAACAAAUGCAAAGAACAGUUUUGGGGGUAAAGCACAGCAAGCCCCCCCCUUUUUUUGUAUAUCUGUGUCAAAAUACAGUAUUUUUUUUUUUUUUGUAUGUCUAUAUAUAUGUGCGCAGGCGCUUUAAUAAUAGCUUAGCCCCCACUGAAUAUGAAUAUGAAUAUUAGAAGUGUACCUUGAAUAAACUUUCCCCUUUAUUUUAGUGAUGCAUGCACAUUUACAAAAACAAAGAAGAAAAAUGUGGUUUUAUUUUAAUACAGUCAACUCCUGAUUGAGAUUAACAAGCCCUAUCCUCUUUUGCUUUCUUUUUUUUAUAUAUAUACAUAUAAUUAAAGUUUUUUGGGGGGGGAAAUUUUGGGAAAGUUGCUGUCACAAAUUAUCAGUGUGUUAUUAGUAAUACUAACUACCAUAAAACAGAAAAAGAAAUAUUCUGGACAACAGCUAUAAUAGCAGAUAAUGUUGUUGUAUUUUAAAGUGGAUUUAAUUGUAUUUAAACUGGAAUGUGUAUAAACCUAUGUAAAUCCUUUAUUAAAAGUGCAUUGCUCAAUUGUAAAAGUAAGUCCUAUGUACAGCAGUGCUGUCUGAAUGGCAUUAUAGGCCCUUGGACACAUCAGUGUGCUGAUGACAACCAUCAAUUUUUUAAUGAUAAAGUCAACUGAUGUAUACAAAUAGUAUUAGGCACUAUGCUCAUUGGGUCUGUGGGCAGAAGGCUCACACAUUAUGAUGGCACUGAUGGACAGCCAUUAACCUAUGUAUGCCUAGUGUUCUUCGGUUUCAUAUCACAUUUUAUCAAAAUAAAACGCUAAUUCAAAUUUUUUUUGUGUGUGUUGAAUACUGAUUUAAUUUAUGCAACCAAGUAAACUUUCCCAUAUUAAAUCGCUUUAAAAUACAGAUAAAUUUUUAACUGCAUUUUUGUUAAUUAUAAUUAAGCUAUUCUCCCCUUUUUUUAACUAUCCUCAGAUUAACUGUGAGUUUUUAUUAACCAUCCCCAGUAUUUAUUACCCAAAUGAAUCAGAAGUUGACUGUAACUCAAAACUUUUGUAUUGAGAAAGUAAUUCUUAAAACAAAGUAAAAUAUAUAGCUAAAGUACUCCAUUUUAUCCUUCAAAUUUAUAUAUAUAUAUGUAUAAAAAUCUACCUGUAAGUACUCUUUUCAUGAGACAUAAAAUUCCAUUAAUUUAAAGGUAUAUUUGGAUACAUAUAUAGUCUGUAAAUAACAAUAAUUAUGAUUUUAAUGGAAAAGCAUUCAGUGCUCAAAUAGCAUAGUAUUUGUGCUGUCAUGUUUUUCUUUUAAGUAUGUGAACAUUUGAUUAAUUUUUAGCAGUGGAAAGGUGCUUAGUCUUACAUAAGAUGCUGAUAAAAAAAAAAUUUCUGAUAUGGAAGCAAUAACUGUUCAUAAAUUUUCAGAUUUUCUACAUAAUUUUUCAAAAUACUGCCAAAAUCAUUAAUGUCCAUGUAUUAAAAGUUUCUAAAUGUUGUAGCCUACACAUUUUAAAAUUUAAUUCAAUAUAAUUAGGAUUAUGGCUUUGUUAGUAGUUGAAUCAUAUAUAUUCGUGAGGUUGGUUUUUUUUUUUUUUUUUUAAGAGGUGGAACAUUUUUUAGUCUCAGUAUAGCUGAAUCUGACAUAAAGUAUUUGAAAUUAAAUGCUUAUCCCCAAAUGUAAAAAUAUUAUGUUCUUGCUAUAUCAUUUCUUAUUUUUAACCAAAAUGGUAUUGAUAAAUGCACUGAUAAUAUUUCAAUUUUUAUAGAAUUUAAGAGUUUAUCCGUAAUCAUAUGCAAUACCAUUCAAUAUGUUAUUUGACUUUGCAUAAUUAAGAUAUAAAUUUUGUAUUGCUGGUUAAUUUAAGAUAAACAGCUGUAUAAGAUAAUGUCUUUUGUAGUAUAGGCACACCCUUCCUAGUUUUCCUGUUUUGGAAAUUUGAUAGGUAUAUCUAUAUUCCCUAAUCAUGUAUAUUUUUCUAGAAUGCCAUAAGCUUUUUGCUUUCAUUUGCACAAUUAAAGGCAAUACUAAAUUUGAAACUUUCAGUGUCUCCUCCCCCUUUUGUUUUUUAACUUGUUAUUUUAAUGCAGUUGUACUUACCACAUUUUCAUGGGGUCUUUUUAUAAUUAGCUACAUUUUUAGAAGAGAACGAUUUUUAUUCUUGCUGUCAUUUCUGGAGUUCUAAUGGUUCUUUAUAAGCUUAGUUUUCUUCUCAGCUUUUACUUGAUUUCAUUUAUUUCAUUGUCUUUGAUCAAACAAUGCUUAAGGCAAAAUAAAAGGUAUAGUACAAUGAUUUUUAAAUUUUAUUGGCUACUGAAUGCCACCUAGAUGGUAAUUUGAAAAUAUAUAUUGAAUACAUUUUAUACUGAAUGACAUUUGGAAAGUAUAAUAACAACAAAUAUAUCAAUUUAUCACAGGAAAUUCUCUUUAAGAAAUAUUUUUCUCAACUAUUAGUUGAAAAAGAUAGACAAACUAGUUAUGAUUACAAUUGUUUUAUGUAGUUUUCCAAAUAAUGCAGUAGAUUAAGACAAAUUCUCAAUCACUGAAGAAUAUAAUUUUAAAAAAAAGUUUUAUUUCAAAUUUAUAUGUUAUAUUAGGUUUCUGGUAAUUCAGUGGUAGGGUGCUGUAUUUUCAAAUUUGAUACUUGAAAGUGAUCUGGAGACCUGAAACUGAAAAAAUACUGAAGUAGGUGUAAUGUGAUUGCAGUGUUGGCCACGCUGCCUUUUCUUACACUGACUUGGAAUUGUGAAGUCCCACUCAGGGUUGUUAUGGAAUACCUUUUUGUAUAUGUCAUAGCAUUUUACACUUUGUCAUAGAAGAUCAACAGCAUAACAGAAAACUUUAGUAAGCUAUAAUUCUGUUGGAGUUACUUAAUUGAACUGUAUUUUGCAUUAUGUUUGUGUAUUAUGUUAUUAAAUAAUAAGUGUAUAUUUUCAAGUAUGUAAUAAUUGUGGUAUGUUUUUUUGAACAAUAUAUUGAAUUUGCUGUUUUAUUAAUUAACAGAAGAGUGUUUAUGCUAUUAAUUAACAAUAGAAGUUAAUUCAUUUUUAUUUGCUAAUACAUACACAAACAUAAAUCUUCUGAUCAUGUGCCCAUGUAGUAGCUUGAUUAAAUAAAUUACAGUCUUUCACAGUUCUGAAGUUAUAAAUUCAAGUCUUGAAGCAUAGCAGUUAAAGUUAGUUACAUCCGUGCUAAUUAAGUUAAAAAAAAAAAUUGCCGAAAAACGGCUCUUAGUAGAUUUGAAAAGAAAUAAGAGUUGU